GGUUGGUGGUCUCUGGAUACUAACAAUUGGUGCCUUCUAGGGGCUACCUUUGUCGACUUUGGCCAGCUUGAAUGACUUAUUGCUUGUUAUAAGCAGUUUAGCCAUGAAAGGGAGCAUCUUUCUGGGAGAAUUACCUGCCUGCUUGGAAGGAAACAAGUUUGAAGACAAGACGGCAAAAAAGGAACGGUUGGAAAAACUUUUCAUGACGCAUGGUUUUCGAGUUAGUGUGGUCGAUUACGAGGAGGUUGCUAAAGAGAUGCACUUCAGUCUGGAUGCACCGUUAGAAACUUCCAACAGCAUACUUUUCGUAGCAGAACAGUUGCGAUUAUCUGACGCGCAGAUGGAGAUUUGGAGAACACAGUUUGAACGGAUAGAGGAAGAAGGAGAUGAAGAAGGAUUUGAGGAAUUAUAGUAUAUGAUUGAGUUGCCAGUUUCAAGUCCUUUGAAUGCAUCCAUUUGUUUGUUGUAUUGGCGCCGAAUUUACAAUCAGUUGCUAUUGAAUUUGAUGUACGUAGAGCGGAUUUGAUGAAGCAACAUUUCGAACCCAAAUAUCCCUUAGCAAUUUUCUGAAA